AUGGCAUCACCAUCUAUGUCCCAACUAUCAGGUGCCGCAGCUGUUCUCGCCCUGUUGCCUUCCUCCCCUUCGCAGCAGAUGCUAUGCGUUCUAGUCGGUAUAAUCACCUAUCUAGUGCUGGUAUCGUCCCUGAGAUUCCAGAGACGAGGCACGCUACACCGGAAAUAUGGAUAUUACUCGACACGGAAAGCAAUGGGUCAAAUGACCGACCAAGACGCGUGGGCUAUUCAGAAAACCAUCAUGCAGACCGAGUUUCCAUUCAUCGUUCUAAAAUCACUCCAAUUUGCACUGUUCCGCACAUAUGGAAUUCCAACCAUCUCCACGCUUCUCCUGAAAACAUCCCAAUUCUCCGACUCGGCCACGUCCUUCAAACGAUACGCCGACACAGGAACAUUAAUCGGCGAAUUCAUGGCCUUCGACCCAAGCUCAGAACGAGCACAAACAGCAAUAGCCCGGACCAAGUUCCUACACCAGGGAUACCGAGCCAGCGGAAAGAUCCUCGAAGCAGACAUGCUCUAUACACUGAGCCUCUUCGCCAUCGAACCAAUUCGAUUCGUGAAACAGUACGAAUGGCGCGAAAUGACAGAGAUGGAGAAGUGCGCCGUAGGCACCUACUGGAAGAGUCUCGGCGAUGCACUAGGCAUCAGCUAUGAAGUCCUCCCAUCUGGCAAGACCGGAUUCCAAGAUGGAAUCCACUGGCUGGAAGAGAUCGGAGCCUGGAGCUCGCAAUACGAGGCCGAGCAUAUGAGGCCGCAUCCACGCAACAAGGAGAUUUCAGAGAAGACGAUCGACGUGCUGGUUUACAAUCUACCUGGAUUUAUGAAACCGCUCGGUGAAUAUUUUGUUUCGUUCUUGAUGGAUGAACGACUGCGGGGUGCCAUGAUGAUGAACCCACCGCCAGCAUUCUUGAAGCUGACAUUCGACGCGAUAUUCAAGCUCCGUCAGUUAUAUCUUCGAUACCUGGCUCUGCCGCGUCCGAAUUUCAUGCGCUUGGAUGUGUUCGCCGAAAAGGCCAAUAAGCAUGGCCGAAACUGGGUUCUGAUAUAUGAAGGCGCGCCCUUCUAUGUGCAGCCCACAAUCUGGAAUCGCUGGGGUCCUGUGGCGUGGUUCAAGUGGGCUCUUGGACAGCCAUUGCCUGGGGAUGAUGGUGACAAGUAUUACCCGCAAGGCUAUUACACUGCUGACUUGGGCCCGAAAUACUUUGAGGGAAAGGGGCGAAAGGAGCUUGAGGUCAUUCAAGAGACUCUGCGUCAGGAGCGGAUGGGACAAUGUCCGUUUCCGUGA